UUCCCUCCUAGCGUGCCCAACCUCGACUGCCUGGCGGAUCACCUUCCGCUCCAACAAGGCCAGUUCCUCCUCGCCAAGACUCACGCCCAUCGUGCCAGGCAGGGCGCGCUCUGCCCCGCAGCCUUACAGGUGGUAUCUGCUCCUUGAGACGGUUCCCGCCAGGCUAGGCAGUGGAGCGCCGCACAGCGUGCCUUCCUGCCUCCCAGCUCCCUGCCGGGCAGUUCAGACUCAGCGCUGGCAGGCCUGCUCGGUCGAUCUUCGAUCCAAAGAUGAGGCGGAGCUGGAAGAUGGCUCUGUCCGGGGGGCUACGGUGCUGCCGCCGAGUACUUUCAUGGGUGCCAGUGCUCGUUAUUGUCCUCGUUGUGCUUUGGUCCUACUACGCCUACGUCUUUGAACUCUGCCUAGUGACUGUAUUGAGCCCAGCAGAAAAAGUUAUCUACCUCAUAUUCUACCAUGCCAUCUUUGUGUUCUUUACCUGGACCUACUGGAAGUCUAUAUUUACACUCCCACAACAGCCAAAUCAGAAGUUCCACUUGUCCUAUUCAGACAAGGAACGCUAUGAAAAUGAAGAGAGACCUGAGGUCCAGAAGCAGAUGCUCAUCGAUAUGGCCAAAAAGCUACCGGUUUACACAAGAACUGGGAGUGGAGCUGUUAGAUUCUGUGACCGGUGCCAUUUGAUCAAGCCAGAUCGCUGCCACCACUGCUCUGUCUGUGCCAUGUGUGUAUUAAAAAUGGAUCAUCACUGCCCUUGGGUUAAUAAUUGCAUUGGAUUUUCCAACUACAAAUUCUUUCUUCAGUUCUUAGCUUAUUCUGUUCUCUACUGCCUGUACAUUGCUACAACAGUCUUCAACUAUUUCAUCAAAUAUUGGAGAGGGGAAUUGCCCAGUGUUCGCUCAAAGUUCCAUGUUCUUUUCCUCCUCUUUGUGGCCUGCAUGUUUUUUGUCAGCCUUGUGAUUCUCUUUGGUUACCAUUGUUGGCUUGUCAGCAGAAACAAAACCACCUUAGAGGCCUUCUGUACUCCAGUGUUUACAAGUGGCCCAGAGAAAAAUGGGUUCAACCUUGGCUUCAUCAAAAAUAUCCAGCAGGUGUUUGGCGAUAACAAGAAGUUCUGGUUAAUACCUAUUGGGUCCAGCCCUGGUGAUGGACACUCCUUCCCUAUGAGGUCUGUGAAUGAGUCACAAAACCCACUGCUAGCAAAUGAAGAGCCCUGGGAAGACAACGAGGAUGAAACCCGAGGUUAUCCAGAAGCUUCAUCAUCUCUCACCGUGGAAACAGAAACAUAGUGGUUUACACAUUUCCUGCAUCUCUCAGGACCCUCCAUCUCCCAUGAGGCUUACAGAAUUCAAUGUUGGGAACCAUUUUAAUCUUCAAAAUAAGUCACCAUGGUGAAUUGAAAGCUUCACAAUUCACAAGCAUUCCAUCAAAUACUUGCUGUGCAGAUAAAUGUUGCAGGACUUUACAAGUUAUUUAAUUUACUAACUGAACUCAUCAAUCUGGUAGCAAUUAAUUCAAGCCAGUCUUCCUCUCUUUCUUCAUUUUACCUCCCCAAUCUGUAAAAACCUACAGGUAACAUAUAUACCUUUCCAGAGGCUCUUUGUGUUCCUCUUCACAGGUAAAGAGGAAUUCAAAAGACUUCCAUGUAGUUCCUAACUUCCCUGAAAGACUGUUAAUUAUAUUUAUAGGGUCUUUGUGGUAUCAAGGGAAAUCAGACUGUUUGCUGCUUGUGUGCCUGUGCAUUUAUAAGCAUGCAUAUGUGCAGCAUAUUUACACAAAAUUCUGCUGUGGUGUUGUGAAAAUCAAGGUUUAAAAAAAUCCAAGGUUUCUAUUCAGUCCUACUUUUUUCCCUAAAUAGCAAUUUAAAUAUUUGCUGGGCUGCGAACACCAUCCCUAUAUCAGGUAUCUAAAAGCCAAGAGGCAUAAUCAACACACAAUAAUCAAGGUCCUCAAACUGGAAAUUGAACAACAAUGCAAAACCUGUUCUCUGUCAUAAAUGUGUGAUGUUCCUGAAAGCACCACAGCUAAUAGGGAAGAUCAGAUCAGAUUUCAACUUUAUUAAACAUAAGUAUUGGUGUUUUAAAGACUUUUAAUGUCAGGCUGUAGUAAAAUUCUGUAGUUACUUUUAUUAUUUUCUCUGCUACUUAGCUUUAUUUUUGCCUAUAUGAAUUGUUCUUAGGAUGAAAGAACAACUAUAACCCUAAGUUAUGCACCAUAGAUUUUGUUAAGGAGCUUAAGGGUAAUUUUCAGGUUUAAUUACAAUACUAUUCAUAGGGUAAAGUUUCAAAGUUGAAAUUAGCCUAAGGAUUAACACUUGAGAUCUAUGUUUUCAUAGCAGGGGUUAGUGUAGAGAUAAUGAUAACCUAAUAGUAAUAUGCCAAUACUUUCUUUUUUUUUUUUAGCUUUAGUGGUAGUUGAACCAUUAAGACAGUUUACAUUCAUUUCCCCAUUUAUUUAUAAUCAGCCUUUCUUUUAGUCCUAGUGCCUGAAUCAACGAGAAUGAACACUAAUGCUGAGUCUUUAUAAUAUAUAACAAUAAUACCUAAGAGCAUUAAUGGUUUUCAUUUAUCAGCCAUUGUUCUAGUGCCCAGCUGCCAGCAAUAGAAGUCCCAGCUCUUUCAGAAAUUAGUGAGAGUGAGAGGUAUCUCACAGAUAUCAAGAAUUGAACUCUUAGGACAUUAGGUUUACUAAGGAAUCCCCACUAAAACCUUUUUGAGUAAAAGAAAAUUUGCCUACCAGAAACUAUUUGGUGUUCAGGUCCCAGUGGAGCUGAGAAAGUGAACAAUUCAGCUAUUUAAAGAAACAAAAAAUUUGUUCACUUGGAUCCUCUAGGUGAUUUGGGGCCAGGUAAGACUUUUAGCAUAAAUUAAAUGCAUUGUGCCAGCAUUUCAUUUGAGAGAAUACUAGACAUGACAAAAUCUAUUAGGGUCAGAGACUAUUUCUCAAGCUCAGAUGCUAAGAAGCAAUGUAGAAGACUAUACACACCAGGUUUCACAAAUGAAAUCAUGUAUGUUCAGGUGGGAAGAUUUUUUUCUCCUUCCU